AUGGUAUCCACCUUGACCGUUUUCAAAUUUAUGAUUUCCUUCACUCUUUUUGGUCAAAUUCACUCAAAGGCCAUUGGCAUCACCUCUCGUGGUGGUGUUGCGGAUGUUGAGCAGCCGACAGCAAGUGUGCCUUUAGCUAGAAGAACUUUUGGACUUCUCUCAAUGCUUGGAGGUUAUAGUUUAUUUGGUAGCCACUCUGGAAUGGGAGGCGGAUACAGUUCGAUAGGUAGUAGUCAAAGCUUUGGCGGGACAGCCGAUUCUACAGCAUCCUCUAGUGCUGGUGGGAAUUCAGAUUCGACAGCAACCACCAUGGAUCUUACAAAAAACACAACCCUAUGUGGAUGUGGAAAGGAGGGUGAGAAGGUUGAUUCGAAGGAGGGUACUAGUGCAUCGGGAGUAGUCUCUGAUACUGCAGACGCUACUACCAAUGCCAAUCUUCCAGUCAUCUCCACCGCAGACAACGGCAGUGACACUGACACUAGUUCGGCAAAAGCAGCCGCUGACGCUACCGCCAAAAGCUCGGCGAGUGGUAAAGAUGCUUCGAAUUCCACCGCUGGCACUUCGGAUAGCUCAGCUGGCGAUGCCAAAAAAGCCGAUGUCACUGGUGGCUCGGAAGCCGACACUGGAGACAGCACAUCCUCUACCGGAGGAAAUGCAACCCCCAUCUCCACCGCAGAUAACGGCAGUGACACUGACACUAGUUCGGCAAAAGCAGCCGCUGACGCUACCGCCAAAAGCUCGGCGAGUGGUAAAGCUGCUUCGAAUUCCACCACUGGCACUUCGGAUAGCUCAGCUGGCGAUGCUGUCGCCAAACAAGCCGAUGUCACUGGUGGCUCGGAAGGUGUUGCCGACACUACAGACAGCACAUCCUCUACCGGAGGAAAUGCAACUCCCAUCUCCCCCGCAGAUACCGGCAGUGACACGGAGACUAGUGCGGCAAAAGCAGCCGCUGACGCUACCGCCAAAGGCUCGGCGAGCGGUAAAACUCCUUUGAGUUUCACCGCUGGUACUUCGAAUAGCUCAGCUGGCGGUGAUGUCGCCAAGAAAGCCGAUGUCACUGGUGGCUCAGAAGGUGUUGCCGACACUGGAGACAGCACAUCCUCUACCGGAGGAACCGCAACCCCCAUCUCCACCGUAAAUAACAGCAGUGACACCGAGACUAGUUCGGCAAAAGCAGCCGCUAACGCUGCCACCAAAAUCUCCAAGAGUGGUAAAACUGGUUCGAGUACCAACGCUGCGCCUUCGAUUAGCUCUGAUGUCGAGGAUGUCGCCAAGAAAGCCAACGAUACGGGUGGAUUGGAAAGUAUUUCCGACACUACAGACACCACCUCCCUCGCCAAAGGAAGUGCAAAAGGUCCGGAUAUCCCUACGGCCAAAACUUGUACUUGUACUAACAUUCGUCCAGCAACAGGAUCAGGCGCGAAAUCUACCAAAAGCUCGAACAGUAGCGCAAUCGCUUCCAGUGCCACAUCUGCGCCUUCGAUUGGCUCGGGUGGUGAGGAUGAAGCUGAUCAAGACAGCGCUACCGGUGACUUGGGAGAUGUUUCCGACACUGCAAAUACCACCACUCGCAUCAAAGCAAAUGCAACAGGCUCAGAUCUUUCUACCGCAAAAAACAGUAGUAACAUCGAAACAGGAUCAGCAACAGGAUCAGGAUCCGGCGCAACCUCUACCAAAAGCUCGAACAGUAGCGCAAGCCCUUCCAGUGCCACAUCUGCGUCUUCGAUUGGCUCAGGUGGUGAGAAUAAAGAAGGUAGCGCUACCAAGGGCUUGGGAGGUGUUUCCGACACUGCAAAUACCACUACUCGCACCAAAGCAAAUGCAACAGGUUCAAAUCUUCCUACCGCCAAAAACAGUAGUCAAAUUGAAACAGGUUCAGCAACAGGAUCAGGAUCAAGCGUAAAAUCUACCAAAAGCUCGUACAGUAGCGCAAGCGCUUCAAGUUCAAGUUCAAGUUCCAGUGCCACAUCUACGUCUUCGAUUGGCUCGGGUGGUGAGAAGAAAGCCGAUCAAGGUAGCGCUACCAAGGGCUUGGGAGGUGUUUCCCACACUGCAAAUACCACCACUCUCACCAAACCAAACGCAACAGGUACAGAUCUUCCUAUCGCAAAAAACAGUAGUGACAUCAAAACAGGCUCAGCAACAGGAUCAGGCGCUACUUUUUCCGGAAGCUCCAACAUCACCACAAGUGCUUCCAGUAACACCGCUGUCCCUUCGAUCAGCUCAGGGGAUGCUGUCCCUUCGAUCAGCUCGGGGGAUGUUGCCCCUGCGAUCAGCUCUGGGGACGCUGCCCCCUCGAUCAGCUCAGGUGGUGAUGUUAAAGCUGGUAACGGCAGCGGUACUGGUACUUCGGCCAAAUCAACUACUUCUUCGAAUGGGUCGACUCCAGGAGGAAAGUGA